CCGCAGGGUGGAGGAAGAGACUGACUGACAGACAGACUGUCUACCUGCUACCGCUGAAUAACUAUUCGCAGCAGGUAGACACCAUGAACUAUGUGGGGAAGCUGGCGGGCCAGGUACUGGUGACUGUGAAGGAGCUGUAUAAAGGAAUCAAUCAGGCCACCCUGUCGGGCUGCAUCGACGUGAUUGUGGUCCGUCAGCCUGACGGGACAUUCCAGUGCUCUCCUUUUCAUGUCCGCUUCGGGAAACUUGGAGUUCUGCGCUCCAGGGAGAAAGUGAUUGACAUCCAGAUCAACGGAGAACCUGUGGAGCUGCACAUGAAGCUUGGAGACAAUGGAGAGGCCUUUUUUGUGCAAGAAUCAGAGCAAAACAGUGAAAACAUUCCCGCCCACUUGGUGACAUCACCCAUUCCCACGGAAGAGGUUCUGAUCAGGAACAGAGAAGCCAGAUGUGCAGCAUCAGCAGAGACCUGUCAGCCCCUUGUCCUAGAGCCGGACUCAACAAACCAUCAACUUUGCUCAAGCUCAUCUGGAAGGAAGAAGAGACGUCGACGAAGGAGGCACAAAACUGAGCCACGCAAGGAGGAGCAGACAUGUGCAGGAGGAGAGCAGGAGGUGUGUGAGUGCAGUUCAGAUGAGGAGCAGCAUGCAAACAGCGGAAGAGCAUCAUCCCUGUCGGGGAUGAAAGACAACAUGGAGCAAAGGCAGCACUCUCCUCUCACCGCCUUGGAAUGGGACAGCUACCCUUUUUCUGAUGGAGACUGGUCUCCCUGCCCCUUUAAUUUGUGUGAGCCAGCGUCGCCCAAAAGUGACUCUGAGCUGAUGGUGAAGCCGACAGAGAGCAUGUUCAGGUCUGAGUCCCACAUGCAGUGGAGCUGGGGGGAGCUUCCUGAAUCAACAAGGGUCAACAAAAAGCCUGAGACAAAAACGCUGUGCAUCACCCCAUCAGAGAGCACACAUUUCAGGGUCAUUCUGAGCUCUGAGGACUUGGAAGAAGAGCCGAUCAUAAAGCAGAGCUCACCAGAGCCUGCUUGUAAUAUUGUGAAGCCAGAACCUCGGAUGGUUAAACCUCAUCAGUGCAGCUGCAGCCCUCAGCCUCCUGAAUCAAACAGUGCAAACACCACUGGACCAAAGCACGACUUUUCAGUUUUGAAGUCGAGUAGCUUUUCCUCUGACACAACUCCAACAAUUUCAGACUCAAGUUCAAAAAAUGAACGAAAGCCAAAGUGGACAUCUUCACCUCCAAAUCGCAGGAACAGCAUUUCUGCUCCUGGUACAAGAAGCAAAGAAGCUGGAGACCUUUCGACUGGUGGUCCUGAUACUAAAGCCUCAUCUAAGACCACAGACUCACCUGUGAAAAGAAAAGUUGUGAGGAAGAGGAGCCAACACCAAGGGCCUGAAGAUAUAUACCUAGAAGACCUGAGCGCUCUUGAGCCUGAUGUUGCUGCUCGGUACUUCCCAAAAAGUGAGUGUGAGCAAGUAUCAAAGAACUGGGUGGAGACGGGACGGAGCUCUGGAUCCCAGUCGCCCCAGUCAGUGGGGAGUGCAGCAGCAGACAGUGGCACAGAGUGUCUGUCCGACUCUCCAAGUGACCUGCCUGAUGUGACGCUAUCGCUGUGUGGAGGCGUGGGCGAGAACUCAGAGAUCCCAAAAGAAAAAUUCAUGGAGCACAUGAUCACCUACAAUGACUUUGCAGAGAAUCCAGCAAUUAUCGACAAUCCAAACUUGGUGGUCAGAAUUGGAAACAGAUAUUACAACUGGACUCUAGCGGCACCUUUGAUUCUCAGCAUGCAAGUUUUCCAGAAAAACCUGCCGAAGAAUACAGAAGAGGCCUGGGUGAAGGAGAAAAUGCCCAAGAAGUCUGGACGCUGGUGGUUCUGGAGGAAGAGCAGCACAAAGCAGUUAUCAACUGAGAGCAAGUUGGAGAGACAGGAGUCAGUGAGCAGAGAGAGUCCUGCACUCCGGGCCCCAGAAACACAGCAGAAGGCUCCAGAGUGGUCCAGUGAUGAGGAGACCAAAGAGCUGAAUGGUGCAGAGCCAGGUCUUAAACCUACUGAACACGUGCGAGCAGAAGGCACGGCUCCAUGUCACUCCUACAGGAAAUCCCUCCGCCUGUCGUCUGAUCAGAUCGUAAGUUUAACGGUCCAAACUGUGUCCGAAAACAUUCCCGCCCACUUGGUGACAUCACCCAUUCCCACGGAAGAGGUUCUGAUCAGGAACAGAGAAGCCAGAUGUGCAGCAUCAGCAGAGACCUGUCAGCCCCUUGUCCUAGAGCCGGACUCAACAAACCAUCAACUUUGCUCAAGCUCAUCUGGAAGGAAGAAGAGACGUCGACGAAGGAGGCACAAAACUGAGCCACGCAAGGAGGAGCAGACAUGUGCAGGAGCAGAGCAGGAGGUGUGUGAGUGCAGUUCAGAUGAGGAGCAGCAUGCAAACAGCGGAAGAGCAUCAUCCCUGUCGGGGAUGAAAGACAACAUGGAGCAAAGGCAGCACUCUCCUCUCACCGCCUUGGAAUGGGACAGCUACCCUUUUUCUGAUGGAGACUGGUCUCCCUGCCCCUUUAAUUUGUGUGAGCCAGCGUCGCCCAAAAGUGACUCUGAGCUGAUGGUGAAGCCGACAGAGAGCAUGUUCAGGUCUGAGUCCCACAUGCAGUGGAGCUGGGGGGAGCUUCCUGAAUCAACAAGGGUCAACAAAAAGCCUGAGACAAAAACGCUGUGCAUCACCCCAUCAGAGAGCACACAUUUCAGGGUCAUUCUGAGCUCUGAGGACUUGGAAGAAGAGCCGAUCAUAAAGCAGAGCUCACCAGAGCCUGCUUGUAAUAUUGUGAAGCCAGAACCUCGGAUGGUUAAACCUCAUCAGUGCAGCUGCAGCCCUCAGCCUCCUGAAUCAAACAGUGCAAACACCACUGGACCAAAGCACGACUUUUCAGUUUUGAAGUCGAGUAGCUUUUCCUCUGACACAACUCCAACAAUUUCAGACUCAAGUUCAAAAAAUGAACGAAAGCCAAAGUGGACAUCUUCACCUCCAAAUCGCAGGAACAGCAUUUCUGCUCCUGGUACAAGAAGCAAAGAAGCUGGAGACCUUUCGACUGGUGGUCCUGAUACUAAAGCCUCAUCUAAGACCACAGACUCACCUGUGAAAAGAAAAGUUGUGAGGAAGAGGAGCCAACACCAAGGGCCUGAAGAUAUAUACCUAGAAGACCUGAGCGCUCUUGAGCCUGAUGUUGCUGCUCGGUACUUCCCAAAAAGUGAGUGUGAGCAAGUAUCAAAGAACUGGGUGGAGACGGGACGGAGCUCUGGAUCCCAGUCGCCCCAGUCAGUGGGGAGUGCAGCAGCAGACAGUGGCACAGAGUGUCUGUCCGACUCUCCAAGUGACCUGCCUGAUGUGACGCUAUCGCUGUGUGGAGGCGUGGGCGAGAACUCAGAGAUCCCAAAAGAAAAAUUCAUGGAGCACAUGAUCACCUACAAUGACUUUGCAGAGAAUCCAGCAAUUAUCGACAAUCCAAACUUGGUGGUCAGAAUUGGAAACAGAUAUUACAACUGGACUCUAGCGGCACCUUUGAUUCUCAGCAUGCAAGUUUUCCAGAAAAACCUGCCGAAGAAUACAGAAGAGGCCUGGGUGAAGGAGAAAAUGCCCAAGAAGUCUGGACGCUGGUGGUUCUGGAGGAAGAGCAGCACAAAGCAGUUAUCAACUGAGAGCAAGUUGGAGAGACAGGAGUCAGUGAGCAGAGAGAGUCCUGCACUCCGGGCCCCAGAAACACAGCAGAAGGCUCCAGAGUGGUCCAGUGAUGAGGAGACCAAAGAGCUGAAUGGUGCAGAGCCAGGUCUUAAACCUACUGAACACGUGCGAGCAGAAGGCACGGCUCCAUGUCACUCCUACAGGAAAUCCCUCCGCCUGUCGUCUGAUCAGAUCGCUAGCCUGAAGCUGAGAGAUGGACCAAAUGACGUCACAUUCAGCAUAACCACUCAGUAUCAGGGAACAUGUCGCUGCGAGGGCACCAUCUACCUGUGGAACUGGGAUGACAAGGUCAUCAUCUCCGACAUAGAUGGCACCAUCACCAAAUCUGAUGUUUUUGGUCAGAUUCUCCCCCAACUUGGCAAAGACUGGACUCAUCGGGGAAUCGCCAAACUUUACAAUUCAGUGCAUGAGAACGGCUACAAGUUCCUGUACUGCUCGGCGCGAGCCAUCGGCAUGGCCGACAUGACCCGGGGGUACUUGCACUGGGUGAACGACAGCGGCACUCUCCUUCCUCAGGGACCUCUCAUGCUCUCACCCAGCAGUCUGUUCUCUGCCUUCCACAGAGAGGUCAUUGAGAAAAAACCUGAGAAGUUCAAGAUCGAAUGCCUAACAGACAUCAAGAACCUCUUCCACCUUAACAGUCAACCUUUCUAUGCUGCCUUCGGAAACAGGGAAAAUGACGUGUUUGCCUACAAACAAGUGGGUGUGCCUGCAUGUCGGAUAUUCACAGUGAAUCCUAAGGGGGAGUUGAUUCUUGAGCAAUCCAAAGGCAAUAAAACCUCUUACAGCAGGCUGAGUGAGCUGGUGGAGCAUGUUUUCCCAUUGCGAAGCACUAAGCACUGCGCCACCUUCAGCUGUCCGGACUUCAGCUCCUUCUGUUACUGGAGGCAGCCGAUCGCAGAGGUGUGCUUCGAGGAGCUGCUGUAAAUUCAAGAAUGCACUGAUUUAAUUCCUUAACUUACAGGCUGCUAACAUAGCAUCUUGAACUUGUUUUCUGAUGUAGCUGAUAUAUCAGGGAUAUAUUUUUAUAUUCCUAAAUCUCGAAGCAUGCAGUAGGGUCAGUAGUUUGCAGUAUUUAAUGCUUAAACCACACAGAUUGCACAAAAUAACUUUAAAUUAAACAUUCUUUAGGAGAAAACCAUGGAGUUAGAUGCCACAUAGAUGGAGGUUCAUGCAACACUGUUGAAUAUUUAUUAUUUGACAUUUGAACAUAGGUAGAAAUUAGAAAUCUCUAUGUAAAACUCAAUUUACAUAUUCUUCAGCUGAUUUGGUCCAACCAAACCAACCAAUCAGAAUGAAGCAUGUUAUGUUACAUUUAGAGUCUUCAUGAAAUUACAGCUUUUCUGUGUCAUACUCCUAGAGAGGAAUUUCUAAAUAUAUAUCAAAUAUGAAGCAUUAGAAGUUGGCUUUACUUU